CCAACCUGUGUCGUUCACCCUGAGCACCCUCGGACUGAGGCCCAUCGACUGGCGGUCCGCGACAGCUGGCGCCCUCGAACAGGGACUUGAAGGACAGGUGAUCUUUCUUUUUCUUUCUUUCUCUCUCUUUUCAGGUUGAAGGCGACUCUCACCAGGGAGCUCGAGUCCCGCCGGUAAAGGCUGACCGGUUAAGCGAUGCCGAAUCCCCCAUCUGGAUUCCGGACCGGCUCAUCAAACCGGCUCCCCCGGAAGAUCAGACGCAGGAGGCGACACCUACAACAGAUGAAAAGCCUGGCGACACAAAUGAAGAAAGUGAAAGUACUAUCGAAACCUCCCAAGAUCACGUGGACACAGAUCAGGACCCUGGUGAAACAAGCUAAACAACUUAUUUUGACACAAAACAAUCCUUUAACUCCUACCAUGUAUUUUGUAGCUUUCCUAUCUCUUAUAUCUACUCCUAAAGUAGAAAGUGCAGCUUAUUGGUCAUACAUUCCUAACCCGCCACUACUCCACCCAGUGGGCUGGUUAGAUCAAGAUCCUGUUAAAAUUCUAACUAAUGAUUCCCUCCGGCUGGGAGGCUUACAAGACUCAGAGUCUAGAAGCCAUGCUGUGACGUUAAUUAACUUCACUGGUAGAGCCGACUCAAUACCUAUUUGCUUUACCCUGAGAGGCAAAGCACCUCCCUUUUGUUUACCUACGAGUUAUAAAGUAUUUUUAACUGAUGCUCCAGAUCCUAAUGAUGCAGAAAAACGUUAUGUUUGGGAAUAUGAAUUACAAACUAUUGGAACAUUUAAUUAUAAUGAAACCUGCUUGGCAGUGAACUGGCUGCCUAUUCCUAAUUAUAAAGAAAAAUAUAAAGAUAAGAACCAAUUCUGGGAAUCAUCUUUAACUAAAACACCUACUUGACUUUCUUGUGGGUUUCCAGAUGCAGCCAACAAACAUUUUCCUAUGAAUUCAGAAACAAUCAUCUGGGACUAUUCCCCUACUUCUUGUUAUAAUCAUGAUAAAUAUUUAUCAAAACAGUUAAAUAAAUACCAUCAAUACAGAUGGUCUGGCACCCCUCAACCUAUACAACGAUGGUUUACACCUGGUUUAGUUGAACCCAUAUGGGUUGCCCAGGAAAAGAAUAAAACUCAAAUACAUUAUGAUUUAUUUAGACUCGUUGCUGCAUCCAACUUAAUAUUAGAAAAGAAACCCGGUAUGACUAAACCUACACCAAUAUCAGUGAGAACUUGUGUUGGAUAUCCAUAUGCUUUGCUUCUAGCUCCUAAUAAGUACUUAACUAUUACACAGUUAAAAAAUUCCUAUCACAUAACCUGUACUGCUUGUAAAGUAACCAAUUGUCUUACUUCUACUGAUUUGUUUAAUGACAGACUGUUUAAUUCUGUAUUAAUUGUGAAAAGACCGUCUUAUGUACUGUUACCUGUAGACUUACAAAAUGAUCCUUGGUAUGAUAACUCUGCCUUACAAGUUUUACAUACUGUUAAUGAAUUAAUUAAACCUAAGA